AAGAACGCUCGAAUUUGGCUCCCAUAAAACCAAGACACAGACAACACCAACACUCCAUCCACACAGUACAGACAAACACAGAUGACAAAUCCUGCUCCUGCGAGCUUCUGGACUCAAGCAAACGCGCUUCUUCGCAAGAACCUUACCUUCCAGAAACGGAACGUGAAAACGAACGUUCAGCUGGUACUGUUCCCGGUGUUCCUCUGCUUGCUGCUUUUCGCGCUCCAACGCUUCAUCGACACCCAAAUCGGUGGGUCCGCCUUCAAAUGCGGCUGCGUCUGCGCCAACAACACAACCCGAGAACACUCUCACUGCCCUGACUCACAAAAAGUGUGUGGGGUCCAGUACUCCGAUUCCCUUCAAGCUGCCUUCUGCGCCAUUCCCAACCCCAUCGAAUGGCCACCGCUCUUGCAGCUUCCGGCGCCGUCGAGCCGCGCCGUGCGAACCCCUUCUCUUCCCCUUUCGGAUUUGCCCGAUGCCUCGUGCCGGAGAACCGACUCGUGUCCUCUUACUCUGCUCUUCACCGCACAGAAUCACUCCUUUGCGAAAAACGUGGCUGCUAAUAUGUUUGGGAGUGCCUUGAGUGUAAGUGACUUUGGUAGUGAUUUCUUGGCUAGUUUGGCCAUGAAUGUACUGGGAUCUGAAUCACCUCCCUGGGGAAACAAUUUUAUUGAAAUUGCUUUCUCUUCGGGUGACCCCAUUUAUUAUCUACAAAAAAAGUGCACAGACACAGAGAAAUCUGGACUCUCCUUUCCUUCCCUGCCGGCAGCUGACAAUGAGAUCAAAUGUGCUCAGGCUCUAAAUUUAUGGCGUAAUAGUUCUUCUGAGAUCAACGGUGAACUAUAUAAAGGUUAUCAAACAGGUAACACAGAUGGACAAGUCAAUGAGAUAGUUUCAGCUUUUGAUUUUCUAAAUUCAAACAGGAAUAGAUAUAAUGUCAGUAUAUGGUACAACUCAACCUACAAGCAAGGCACAGGAUUUAGUUCUAAUGUGUUGUUGCGGAUUCCUCGCUCUAUAAAUCUGCUAUCAAAUUCCUACCUGCAGUUUCUGCUUGGACCUGGAACCAAAAUGUUAUUUGAGUUUGUAAAGGAAAUGCCAAAGCCUGAGACCAGUUUUAGGCUUGAGAUAUCUUCUCUUCUGGGAACUAUGUUUUUUACAUGGGUCAUCCUGCAACUUUUUCCUGUUGUUCUGACAUCACUAGUCUAUGAGAAGCAACAAAAAUUAAGAAUCAUGAUGAAAAUGCAUGGUCUUGGUGAUGGGCCGUAUUGGAUGAUUUCAUAUGGUUAUUUUCUUGCCAUAUCAAUAAUCUACAUGUUGUGUUUUGUGAUAUUUGGUUCACUCUUAGGAUUAAAAAUCUUCACAAUCAACGACUACAGCAUCCAAUUUGUGUUUUAUUUCAUCUAUAUUAACUUACAAAUUGCACUGGCGUUUUUGGUGGCUUCCAUAUUUUCAAAUGUUAAGACUGCUACAGUUACUGCAUAUAUUGGUGUCUUUGGAACUGGGUUAUUAGCUGGCUUUCUUUUCCAAUUUUUUGUUCAAAAUACAUCAUUUCCAAGAGGGUGGAUAAUUGUUAUGGAGUUGUAUCCUGGGUUUGCUUUAUAUCGCGGGUUAUAUGAGUUAGCACAAUUUUCCUUUGAAGGGAGUAGUUCAGAGACAGGUGGUAUGAAGUGGCAGAAUCUGAGUGAAAGCACCAAUGGCAUGAAAGAGGUCUUAAUUAUCAUGUUUGUUGAGUGGAUAAUGAUGCUUUUUGCUGCCUUCUACGUUGACCAAGUAUUGUCGUCAGGAAGUAGAAAAGGUCCGCUUUUUUUCUUGAAAGGAUUUCAGAAAAGGCCUCCUUUCCAGAAGCUUGAUGCCCAAAUGCCGGUGUCAAAAGUAUUCUCUCAAAUGGAGAAACCUGAUGUCAUCCAAGAGAAGGAGAAGGUGGAGCAACUGCUACUUGAACCGACUAUUAAUCAUGCAAUUGUAUGUGAUGACCUGAAAAAGGUCUAUCCAGGGAGGGAUGGAAAUCCAGAUAAAUAUGCAGUUAGAGGGUUGUUUCUUUCUGUGCCUCAAGGGGAAUGCUUUGGUAUGCUUGGUCCCAAUGGAGCUGGGAAGACCUCUUUUAUCAAUAUGAUGAUUGGUCUCACAAAGCCAACCUCUGGUAUGGCGUUUGUUCAAGGCUUGGACAUAAGAACUCAAAUGGAUGGAAUAUAUACUACCAUGGGUGUAUGCCCACAGCAUGACUUGCUGUGGGAAAGCUUGACAGGUAGAGAACACCUAUUUUUUUACGGCAGACUUAAAAAUCUUAAAGGCUCAGUCUUGACACAAGAAGUAGAAGAAUCUUUGGAGAGUUUAAACCUUUUUCAUGGAGGAGUUGCUGAUAAGCAAGUUGGAAAAUACAGUGGAGGGAUGAAGAGGAGGCUUAGUGUUGCAAUUUCAUUGAUUGGGGAUCCCAGAGUUGUUUACAUGGAUGAGCCAAGUUCCGGGUUAGACCCUGCCUCAAGAAAAAACUUAUGGAAUGUUGUCAAGCAUGCGAAACAGAACCGUGCAAUCAUUCUCACCACACAUUCCAUGGAAGAGGCAGAGGCCUUAUGUGAUCGAUUGGGAAUAUUUGUAAAUGGUAACUUGCAAUGUGUAGGAAAUGCAAAGGAGCUGAAAGCAAGAUAUGGAGGAACUUACGUGUUCACAAUGACAACAUCUUCAGACCAUGAAAAAGAUGUGGAGAACAUGGUGCAGAAACUCACCCCAAAUGCCAACAAGAUAUACCAUCUCUCUGGUACUCAGAAGUUUGAGCUGCCAAAAGGGGAUGUUAGAAUAACAGAUGUAUUCCAAGCUGUUGAUGCUGCAAAGAGAAACUUCACCGUUUCUGCAUGGGGCUUAGUUGACACCACAUUGGAAGAUGUCUUCAUUAAGGUAGCACGCGAGGCUCAGGCAUUUGACACCUUGUCAUAACUGUCAUACAAAAUAAACUCUGCUCAAAACCAAAUUAGUAUUUAGUAAAUACAUAAACUCUAUGCUACACGGUUAGCAUAGAGUAGCUGGUAGCCAGAAUAAGAGUUUGGUCUAGUAAUAUUCUAUAUACCCAUUAUCCUAUAGCACCUUCCUAAUUGUGAGAUUAGUAUAAUUGAAUGGCCUUUACAAAUGCAAGGCCUUUACAAAUGCAAGCGGAUGAACAUCAAGCCUGAAUAUUCUAUAUACCCAUUUCCCGCCGAGGAAUUGCUUUGAUGAUAAAUAUCAAGCCUGAAUAUUGUAUGCUGCGGAUGAACAAUUGAUUAUUUUGUUAAAAGAAUGGUUUUACUAUUCUGUGCGCUAUACUAAA